GGCCCCGUUGCAUAAAACUUUUAACGUAGCGUUAAGCCCCUAAUUUAGCGGUAAGUCCAGAAACAGCGUUAAAUUUAAAGUUAGCGUUAACUUUCCAUUGCAUAAAGAGUUAACGUAGUUUUUUAGCGGUAAGCUCUUCAGAAACAGCGGUAACUUUACUACAGCUAUGAAGGUAGCGUUAACUACCAUCAAUCAAUUACGGUAAGCUUUCAUUCCAAGAUGGCAGCCAUACUACAUGCUAUACAGCACGCCGCUGCUCUAAGAAGAGAGAGGGUAUUUCGGGACCGGAGGCAUCCCUUAGACCUAUACGACGACGAACAAAUGUUCAAGUUGUAUAGGUUUAGCAGGCAGGGAUGCCUCCACCUCAUUAACAGACUAUCCAGAAGGAUCCAACAUAGAACCCAGAGAAACCACGCGUUACCCCCAAGCUUGCAAGUUUUCGUCGCUCUUCGUUUUUUCGCCACCGGCUCUGUGAUGGACUGCACUAGCUGCAUCCAUGGCAUACACAUCUCUACUACAUCUAGAACGGUGCGGAGAGUUGCUUUAGCCCUCGGCGAGCUCCGGGACGAGGUGAUCAAGUUCCCGGAAACCAUGGAAGAAGUCAGAACGGCACAGGUCGAUUUUUUUAACCUCGCUGGAAUGCCCAACGUUGUCGGGGCCGUCGACGGGACUCACGUUGAACUGCAUGGGGCUCCCCUCGACGACGAGUACAUCUAUACGAAUCGGAAGGGCAAGCACUCCAUAAACGUCCAGCUUAUUUGCAAUGCGAGGUACAAGAUAACCAACGUGUGUGCAAGAUGGCCUGGGAGCACUCACGACAGCCGAGUAUUGAGGAACAGUCGCAUUGGAGAGCGUUUCGCAGACGGAGAGCUACCUGGCAUCUUGGUUGGAGAUUCCGGCUACCCCCUCCAGCCUUGGCUAAUCACCCCACUACGGGACCCACAAGGCAAUGCUGAAAGAAAUUACAACAGGGCACACUGCAGAACACGUGUCACCAUAGAACAAUUGAAUGGGCAAUUGAAAAACAAAUUCAGGUGCCUGAUGGGACAAGGGAUCCAGAUGUCUGCACCAAGAGCAUGCGACAUCAUAAUUGCCUGUGCCGUGCUCUUUAACAUCGCCAAAGACCUUAAAGAACCGGAACAAGCCAUCGAAGUGGAACCGGAUGAAGUGCCACACCACCCCGCAGAUCAGAACCAACUGACUGGCAUUGCUCUUCGAGCAGAACUCAUCAAUAAUUACUUUUCAUAAAUGUCAUAACUUGUUUGCAAGCACUAUACAGUAUAUUUCAAUGUGAAUGUAUAGAUUUAAUGCUGUAUUUUAUAACAACAAAAUACAGUGAUCAUAGUUUUCUGACCUCCUAACUAAUUUUAGUUGGUUAAGAAACAAGGUUCUGUCAGGUUAAAGAUUGACUUGUACCUAACUGGUCUAUGGAAUUUGCAAAAUAGUGCAAUUUACCAUCUUCCCUUAAAGGUGGAGUAUACAUUUAAAGGCUGAAAAUAUAAACAUGUGUAAAUCUGAGAGUAAUCAAAUGAUAAAACCAUCUAAAAGUUCCUCUUAAAAAUAUCGGAACUUGGAAUUGUCUUUGUGGAAGUGUUUCUACUUAGGUUCUAAUAUUUCAGAUACUUGUACUGCACAGUGGUAUGUUUUGUGCCAAGUAAAGACCGAUUCAUUUUCAGUUUGGUUAUUGCAAGAGGUGGAAUUACGAUGUGCACAUAUUCAAAUGAACUCUUCACAUGUAUUGUUAACUUUGAAAAAGAAUUGAAUCAUGCACUCAACGGAAUCUGACAAUAAAGUCUUAAAAAUUACCAA